AUGAAAACAGUGUUGUUCACAACAUUGUUAUUGGUUGUUGCUCUAGCAAAUGCAUCAACUUUUGCAACUGAAGCAAAUGUUAAAUGGGAAUAUCAAUGGUACAAUCAGACCUUGAAUCACUUUGACGCAGAGGAUACUCGUACAUUCCUUCAACGUUACUACGUCAAUGAUCAAUAUUACGAUUACAAAAAGGGUGGUCCAAUCAUUUUAUACAUUAAUGGAGAAGGACCAGUAUCAUCACCACCUAAUAAACCAACUGAUGGAACAGUCAUUUAUGCUCAGGCAUUGGGUGCUUUGAUUGUCACUUUGGAACACCGUUACUAUGGUGAUUCAUCGCCAUUCGCUGAUCUCUCCACUGAGAACUUGAAGUUCUUGUCGUCAAGACAGGCACUCAAUGAUUUGGCUAUCUUUAUUUUGGACUAUCGUUCAACAAUCCAGAACGCUGGCGAUAUCAUCACCAUCGGUGGAAGCUACAGUGGUGCACUGUCCGCUUGGUUCCGUGUCAAAUACCCACACGUCACCGUCGGUAGUGUCGCAUCGUCCGGUGUCGUCAACGCCAUUCUCGAUUUCACUGCUUUCGACGAGUGGGUUGCCUAUGCCGCCGGCGAGCAGUGUGCCGACGCUCUCCGUCUGGUGACAUCGACCGCCGAACAACAGAUCUUUGGUGGAAACGCCGCCGCCGUCAAACAGCUCUUCCAAGCGGAAACACUCACUGACGACGGUGACUUUUUCUACUGGUUGGCCGACUCUAUGGCCGAGGGAAUUCAAUAUGGAUAUCACGACCAACUCUGCACUCCACUGAUCAACGCCAUGAACAACAAGGGCGACAUGUUGGAGACCUACUCGAACUACACCAUCAACGUCUGGGGAACCACUCUCGGAACACCAGGCGAAUACGCCACCUUGUUCCAACAGAACACAACCCACGAUAUCAACAAGGCCGAUCGUCAAUGGUGGUUCCAGACAUGCACCGAAUUCGGAUACUUCCAAAACGCACCUGCUCAAGGUUCGAUCCGUUCUCAGAUGGUAAACAUGACCUACCACAGAACCCAUUGCGCCAACGUUUUCGGUAAACCACUCUGGCCAAACACUGAAGCUACCAACGACUACUACGGAGGUAAUCAUACCGCUGGUACCAACAUUGUUUUCACCAAUGUAAGUAGAAAGCUAGAAAUCAGAGAAAACAAUCAAUCACCUAUUGGAAGUCAAGAUCCAUGGUCAAGAGCUAGUAUCACAGUACAGGAAUACCCAACCGAACCAUCACUGAUGGUAACCUGCAAUAAUUGCGGACAUUGUGUCGAUUUAAGAGAGUGUCCAGGUGGAUGUUCAACACCAAACAAUCUUGACCAAGUUCGUCAACAAACAUUGAAGAUCAUUGAAACUUGGUUAUAA